GCGCGAUUUCCAACUGCUGUGGUCCAGCGGACAGGCGACGCUCGAAUUUCGCAAGUUAGACAUUGUCGAGGUUUGGCGAGUGCUAAGAAAUAUACCCUGCUACCGUUUUCCAAACUCCACUCGAAAAUCAAAAGUGCCAAUUUUCGAAAAAUCUCAAAUAUCUUAAAAUACACGUAACACUCUGUUUUUGUGACCUCCCGCGAGUGUUGAUUUAUUUGUUGAGCUUAAGUGCGGGUGUAGCGCACGUUUUGGCUUUAUUUUGUUCGAGUUCAAUGUGUGAGUGAAAAUUCGGAAACAGAAAGUGCAGCGCCCUCCAAAUAAAAAACACGUGCCACAUUUCUCGGAGCCGUAGAGUCCGAGGUAAUUGAAUAAACGAUCCACAAUCACGAGUCAAUGUGUGAAGGCGGACUCUUCAGCGGCUGUGAAGGAGAGUAAUUGAUAAUAUUGAAUGCUGGCAGGACAUUGCCGAGUGAAAUCCAUUAGUUAACUGACAAUCACCUGUGAACCGGAGAGUACGUAGAGACAGUUUAAUACGCAUUCAACAAAUAAGAAGUUUACAGCGGAUUAAUCAGUUCAGUGAAUGCCACGUGUCUGUUUAGAACACUCUGUUGGCUGCCUGUCCUAAUAAAAAGGGAUAUGGAAACAGGAGGAAACAGGAGACGAGGAUAAACAGACGGCAGCAGAGAGACACAGGAAGAGAGACGCAGGAACAGGAAGUGCAACAGAGAGACGGAGGACAGGGGACAGGAGACAGGAGAGACAAGGAAAAUGUGCAAAGGUAGCAAUUUAAGGACGUCAGCAGCGCUGGUAAACUUAUUAGCGAAAUGCACGAAGUCAACAAACGGACAGGCGGCAGUCCUCGCAGAGGAAAAGGAAUCGGAAAAUCAGGGGAACCUCGUGCCGCAAAAACAACGAGCUAAACGUCAAAACAAGCAGCAGCAACAUCCACAGCAGUAUCCACAGAUGCUGCAGCAACAGCAGCAGCAGCAGUGGCAGGAGCCACAUCAGGAGCAGCAUAAUCAGCGCCAGCAACAAGGACGUCAAAUAGAGCAAAUGGCAAUGGGGACAAAUGAAGAGGCGGCGGCUGCCAAGGAGCACGAACACCAGACCAAACCGACAGACUCCGAAUGCAAAGGCAAACACAAACACCAGCACCAGGACCAGGACCAGGACCAGGACCAGCAUCAGCAGCAACACCAACACCAACACCAACGAAAGCCCAAUAAUGUAGCCGGCGUACAGCAACAUGUCCUGCGGUUGCAGUUGGAGCUGCACUUGCUCCUGUGCGCCCUGUUGCCGGCUGUCCUGCUGCUGGGGCUGCUGCCCCUGCCGCCGGGCGCCGCAGCCUCGAUGACACCUUCGGCUAGGAUCUCCAGUGCCAAAGGCCCGGCACGUGAGCUCCUCUUCGCCGAGAUGGGCGGUGGAGGCGUCGGGGUCGGUAUUGGAAUGGGAGUUGGUGGCUCCCCCGGCGGAGCAGCCUCCUCGGCUGGCGGUGGUCCUGCUACAGGACUCACUGGGGGAGAAGGAGGGGGUGCGGCUGGCAUCGAGUGCCCCAGCUUCGACAACACCGCCUGUCCCUGCUACAAGUUCGAGGAUGGACUAUUCCUGGAGUGUCCUGGCACGACGGCGAUAUCGCUGCGCUCAACCCUCGAGCGAAUAUCGGCGCCGAUCCACUCGCUGUCCAUCUACGACUUCGACCGCUCGGUGACGUCACUAUCGCAGGACGUCUUCCAGCCCGGCGUCCAUAUCCGGCACCUGCAGUUCUCCCACUCGCACCUGGAGGCGCUCAAGGACAACAGUCUGCGCAACGUCCGCUCGAGCCUGGAGUCGCUCAGCAUUGUCAAUGGCAAACUAAUGCAGAUGCCAUCCCGAGCUUUGAGCUCGAUGCAAAAGCUGACGGCCCUUGAUUUCGACUACAACGAGAUCGUGCGGGUGGAGGACUACAGCUUCUACGGACUGCGGAUCUCCAAACUGAAUCUGAAGGGUAACCGGCUGCAGGGAAUGCCGGAGCACGCCUUUGCCGGGCUGGAGGAGUGCAUGCAGGAGAUAGACAUCUCGGAAAACGGACUGCGGACCUUUCCACUGAUGGCUCUCCGGAAACUGGACCACCUGCGAAUAUUGCGACUCUCAAACAACCGGAUUCCCACCUUCUACGGGGACAUCCAGUUGGCCACAAACAAUGCCUCGGCGGCGGCUGCCGCAGUUGGUGCGUUCCAGCUACCAUCCUUAAUUUUUCUGGACCUGAGCUCCAAUCAGUUUGCCGAAAUCGGAGACGACUGCUUCAGGGCCUUUCCCCAACUAAAAACUCUCUCCUUCUACGCCAAUCAGAUAGAGUUGGUCCAAGCGGAGGCUUUCAAAAGCCUGCGUGAGCUCAUGUCCCUGGACAUGUCACACAACAGGAUUAUAGCAUUGGAUCCCAAGGUAUUUGAGAGGAAUAAGAGACUGCAAACGGUGGAUCUCAGUCACAAUCACAUACACGCUAUCGGCGGGGUGUUUUCGGAUCUACCGCAACUAAGAGAGGUCUUCCUGAGUGAGAACAACAUUCUGGAGCUGCCGGCAGAUGCGUUUACCAACUCGACAAAUGUCGAUGUCAUUUAUCUGGAGUCCAAUGCCAUAGCCCAUAUAGAUCCAAAUGUCUUUAGCACCUUGGUUAACCUCGAUCACCUGUACUUGAGGUCAAACUUUAUACCCCUCUUACCCGUAACCCUGUUUGACAAGAGCACUAAGCUCACGUCCCUGUCCUUGGACAACAAUGAAAUCCAGGACCUAGAGAUAGGCAUGUUCCGGAAGUUGGAGCACCUGCGGGAGGUAAGACUGCACAACAAUCGUAUCCGUCGGGUGAGAAGGGGCGUGUUUGAGCCACUGCCCUCCCUUCAAGAGUUGCACAUUCAGAAGAACAGUAUUGAGGAUAUAGAACCGCAGGCGUUCCACACCUUGGAAAACAUGCAGCACAUUAAUCUGCAGGAUAAUCAACUAACCGUACUGGAGGACAUCUUUCCAGACGAAAAUUCCUCCCUACUUUCGGUGCAGCUGGAGGCAAAUUACCUCCACAAAGUUCACCCACGCACAUUUCGUCGGCAGCAGAAGGUGCAAAUUAUGUGGCUAAAAGACAAUCAGUUGACCAGAGUGGAAAGGUCCUUUUUCGCUGAUACUCCUCAAUUGGGGAGGCUGUAUCUGAGCGACAAUAGGAUAAGAGAUAUAGAAAAGGACACUUUUGUAAACCUUUUACUGCUGCAAUUCCUUGACUUAAGUGGCAAUCAACUGAGGCAACUAAGAAGGGAUUAUUUCGCACCCCUCCAGGGCCUCGAGGAACUUAGUCUAGCCCGAAAUUACCUAGAGGCCAUAGAAGGUUAUGCCUUUGCCAAGCUUAAGAAUCUGAAGUCCCUGGAUCUUUCUCACAAUCCGCUGGUGCAAAUAACUCGAGAUAUUUUCCUAGAUGAAUUGCCCUUAAACUCCCUGAAUUUGGCCAAUUGUUCUCUAAGAAAACUAGAGCAACAUGCGUUUAAAUCACUUACCAAUCUAAAUGAGCUUAAUCUGGAAAAAAACCAACUGAAUCCAGCGGAUAUCCAAAAGCUAGAUAUACCAAAUCUCAGAAGACUGCAUUUGAGCCAUAACAACUUCAGCUAUGUCGGAUCGGUUGGCAUCAUGGCUGGAAUGUUUGAUAGACUCCGCUCAUUGCAGCAACUCUCUAUGUCCAAUUGUAGUUUGGGGCAAAUACCCGAUUUGCUAUUUGCCAAAAACACAAAUUUGGUAAGACUAGACUUGUGUGACAACCGACUGACCCAGAUGAAUCGGAAUAUUUUCAGUGGGCUGAAUGUGUUUAAGGAACUGAAGCUCUGCAGAAAUCAACUCUCCGAGUUUCCACACAUUGCUCUCUAUAAUCUGAGCACGCUGGAAAGCCUGGACCUAGCCCGAAACCAGUUGGCCUCGAUUGACUUCUUCAAGCUAAGCGGAACCUUAAAUCUCAGGCAACUAAUCCUGAGAGACAAUAAGAUUACCGCCUUGAGUGGCUUUAAUGCCGUUAACCUUACCCAGCUGGACAGUGUGGACUUGAGUGGCAACUUGUUGCUCUCCUUGCCGGCCAAUUUCCUGCGUCACUCGAUCAAUUUGCAGAAGGUGGACUUGUCCAGCAAUCGAUUCCUGCAAAUACCCUCAUCAGCCUUGUCGGAUGUUUCAAUACCACGCCUCUCAUGGUUGAACUUGACUGGCAACCCUAUUAACAGAAUUUAUACUGUGAAGGAAGAGCGGUAUCCCUACCUCAAGGAACUCUACAUUUGUCAGACGAACCUUUCCAUACUCACAUCCAAGGAUUUCGAAGCCUUUCAAGCGUUACAGCACCUCCAUUUGGUGAACAACAGAAUUACCAGAAUUUCCCCUGGCGCCUUUAAGUCACUGACCAAUCUGCUCACUCUGGACUUGAGCGUCAAUGAGUUGGAAAUGCUGCCCAAAGAGCGAUUGCAAGGACUUCGUCUGCUGCGUUUCCUCAAUAUUUCCCAUAACACCCUCAAGGAUCUGGAGGAGUUCAGUGCCGAUCUCUCGGAGAUGCAAACUCUGGACCUGAGCUUCAACCAGCUGGAUCGUAUUUCAAAGAAGACCUUCAAAAAUCUGCACGGUCUGCUGGAACUACUCCUCAUGGGCAAUCGGAUGACGGUUCUAUCAAACGACGCCUUCCGGUUCUUAAGGAAACUGCAUGUUCUGGAUCUGCGAAAAAAUUAUUUCGAGCUAGUGCCGUUGGAUCCACUUAGGCCCCUGGAAACCAAUCUUAGAACCCUUAGGCUGGAGGAGAAUCCACUGCAUUGCAGCUGUGACGCCCAGAAGCUCUGGGAAUGGUUGCGGGAUCAUCGUAAAUGGUCGCUUUCCACGGGCUCCAGCGCAGGGGGAGGAGUUGGCGGACUGACCGGACGGCUGGGCGGUGAUUCCAUUAAUUACCUAAGGUGCGAACACCCGACGGAGCUGCGGGGCAAGGUGUUCGGCACGAUGGAACCGCAGCAGUUUUGCGACGCGCCGCUAAUACCCAAAAUGGCCAUCCAGGACAUUCAGCCCUACUCGGUGGUCGUGUCCUGGCAGAGCCGCGACCAUUUGGGCCUCAAUGGCUUCGAAAUUGUUUACCACGCCACUGGCGACGGGCUUGUUCCGGACGGAUCUCCAACGAACCGUGAGCGGGACGGUCACAGGGACAGGGGUCACGACCCCGACAGGCAGCGAAGCAGGGAGCAGGAGCAGCGCGCACGAGAGCGGGAUCGGGAGAGGGAACGGGACAGGGAGCGGUUCCCCGUCGCCACCGAUGAGGUCCACGGCAAGAGGCUAAAUGGAACGGCCAGCUCGACGAAGCUAACCAAGCUGAGCCCCAAUACACGCUAUCACAUCUGUGUCAUCGGAAGCGGUAAUUGGCUCUCGGAGCCGCUGGCAAACGCUCUGCAACGGCUCCAUGCCAACGAGUCCUUGCGUGAGGAGGAGGCGGUGAUGAUGGCGGCGCCUCUGCCCGAGUCCUUUUCGCCUUAUCAGCACCAGCAUCAGCACAACCGGAACGCAAAUAGCAACACCAAUGCAGCCAUGGUCCAGGACCACAGCCACAACCACGACCAGAAUCCUGACCAGGACCUGGACAACGCCAUCGGUCAGGACCACGCCCUGAUGGAGGUGCUCAAGAACUCCCACAUCUCCGCCUGCACGGAUGUCCAGACACUAGACUCCACGCCCAGCUUGGUCACCGACGAGAACGGGCUUUCCAGCAAUGGUUUCAUUCGCUCCAUCCUGACCAGAAGAUUGGGCCUGAUUGUGGGAUGUUGCCUGGGCAUCAUAGUGUUCAUCGUAAUGAUCUCGGUGCUAAGUUAUGUCAAGCUGAAGAAGCAGCGCAUCGAAAACGCCAAGCGGCAGGCCGCCCUGCCGCCGGAGUAUAUAUCCUACAGGCACUUCUCCAUCCCCAAUGAAGAGCUGACCAGGACCGCUGCCAAUGCGGGAGCAGUAGCAGCAGCAGCCUCAGCGAAUAAUUCAAAUAACUCCAAUAAUACGACCGACGCGGGUGGCUCGCCGCACGUGUCCAGUGUGCCCAGCGGCAUUAGUGCGCACAUCAGUGGGACCAGCCUCAGCACAGGCACGGGCACCGGCUCCACAACCACCACGGCCACCACGCCCAUUGGGGGCGUGCCGAUUGUUGGGGUGCCUCUGGGCAAGGCGGGAAGUCCCCUUGUGGGUGUGGGUGUGGGCGUGGGAGCGGGCUUGGUGGUGGCCGACUCCUCUGUGGACGUAGGUCACGCCCACGCCCACGCGCACAACCACCACAACCACGCCCACGCUCACGCCCAUGCCCACCGGCAGAAUAACGGUUACAUGGCGGCGGGCGUGGUGCUAAAUACAAACCACUUGAGCGUGUGUUAGUCGCACCACCAGAAGGAUUAGGUAAAUACUAGAAGCGUGGGUGCAGGUGCCGAGUUGAGGGGUGUUACAUUUCUAAAAGAUAUUUUUGCAUUUCAAUCAAUUUCACAUUCAGCUUGAAACGCAUCCCUAAUUGACCCUUUCCAAAUGUCCUUUUUAAAAAUUAGGCGGUCCCAAAUGUUAACUUACCCCCUCAACACCGUUUGAGGUGACCUCAAGGUGAUCUCCCAAUCAUGGGCUACAUUUAAGUGCACACAGCACUACUUGAAAUAUGAAAUUUGUUUCAAUCAGCCAACGAUGGCGAGAUAUUGCAAGUAUUUACAAAACAUUAAUGCCCAGCUAGCGCAGCGAUUCUGUACAUCCAGCUUUUCUGAAAAUACCGAAACGUAUUCGCUUACCCAUUCGCAAAUAAAUGAGUUAUAAGAGGAUCUACCGCAUGUGCAGGCUGCAUUAUUUGACAUUGAACACUCAAAUCCGAUUUUAAUAAUUAAAUGGAUGGCGUGAUUUAUUGGAAUUUUAAGUGAAUUCAUCCACUUCAGCACCCCUUUCAAAUCAAAUCUGCAAUCCCUAAAAAAACCGAGCAAAAUUGGGCAGAAGCUCGCAUAUUUCAUAUUCGAAAUGGAAUCAAAAACUUUUACCAAUCAGAGCAAGCGCAAAGCAGUUUUAUGUUCUUCAAUGUGCCCAACAUGCAUUUAAUUUACGAUAGGAGGUGCCAAAAAAGGCAAAUAAAUUUAAAUAUAGAAAAAUGAAGAAAAUCUAGGUUAGUGAUAAUUACGAUGAUGCGUUCAACGUUCGUUUAGUUAUGACAAUUGAAGGUAGAGCACAAUGCGAGUAUCGUAAGGCAAUUUGGCAUUUUCAAUGUAAAUAAAGUGGAAUCAAAGCAAAAUCUCAGCCGUAAUGUUGCAUCUAAAUCAAAUUAAGCUCUAUAUAAUGAUAUCUGUAAGAACUACACACAAGGCCGUAAAGAUAUAUAAAUAUAAUUACCUGUAAUGGAAAGCACA